CGGGUGUACGGGUGUAUUUCGACAUGCACUUACAUAUCCUUUUUUUCAGGACUGCUGGUGAUAAUUAAAAACACGAUGAAGAUUAUAAAGGAUCAAAAUUUUUAUUAUGACUCUUUUUAGUAAGGAAAGACGAUAAGGCAUAGAAGAGCAUAAUAAGCUAUCGGAGGAGUGUUUGCCAACGACAAACUCGUAAGUUUUAAACGCAGAGUGUGCAUUAAUCAACCGGUUGCGCUACAUCAUGGCGAGAACUUAUGACCAAGAGCUGGCGUUUCUGGAAAAGAUCACCCCAACUUGUUGGAAAAUCAAGAAAGGUUUUGUCCCAAACAUGAAUGUUGAAGGUGUCUUCUACGUGAAUAACUUUCUUGAAAAACUUAUGUUUGACGAAUUACGAAAUUUUACACGCAGUGGAGAUUAUGGUGGGUUUCUACCAGGAAUGAAGCAAAUAGGGAACGUCGCAGCGUUACCUGGAAUUGUUCAUCGUUCAGUCGGCUUACCUGAUGUACAUUCUGGAUAUGGUUUUGCCAUCGGUAAGUUACAAACUAUUAGAUUAUGUGUACUAGUUUUGAUAUUAACUUCCAUAAAGAACGGGAUAUUUUACUAAAGAACUUGAUGUUCGACCCCUUUUGGUGGGUAACUAUGGUAUAUCUCUUUAAUAAUAAAUUCAAGGACUUACAUUUCUACAUGUAUCUUGAAGGUCUUACACAUCUCAAUAAUCUAUUUCAAACAAAAGUGCCUAUUUCUGCUGUUUUAUUUUUGAUCCCACUGUUUCUCUUUUUUAAUUGCUAUUCGAUUUCAUCGAUCAUCCAGCGUCUUUAUACGAGUAAUCAUCUUGUGCAACUACCAAGAUUGUAAAGCUCCUGAGUGCUUAAUAAAUUUUCGUAAUCCUACUUGACUGAUGAGUCGAGAAAUUAAAUACUUAGUUGUUGCUAAUUGUAUAAGGAUCUUUCUAAAUACUCUUCACUCUUUGAUAUUUUGUAUACUAACAUAAUAUGUUAGCCAAAUAAUUCAGCACGGUGAAUUGUGAUUUCUUAUCAUUAAAGCCAUGAUUCGACUUAGCGUUAUAGAAAUAAUCAAGCAAUGAAUGGUUUCUAAUCUUUUGAGAUUCAUCACUACCUUGCAUACAAAUGACGCAGUUGCUAUAGUCACAUGAUAGCCGAUACAAAUUUAUUUUUCAGUUACUGGAAAUCUGUUUCACUAGUUGGUGGGAUUAGUAUUCAAUUAAUAUUACCUUUUAUAUAAAACCUGUUCAACAUUUGUUAGCAGUUGUUAAUUUUCUUCUGGGCAAACAAAAACCUAUAAAAUAGUCUAUUCGUUUAAUUGUAACUGCUUAACGGCUAACAAAUUUAUGUUCUAUGCUCUAACAUGUCAGUAAAUACACUUAGACAAACCCCACAUUUCCACCAUAAAUGCAGUAAACUUUGCCAUAAAUUUUCAUGGGUUAUACAAAAAAAACCAAUGCCUAGUCAGUGAUCACAGCUUCUGUUAAAACAUUACACAAACUACCUGUCGUUUCGGGAUAUACAGUUAAGUGUAAGUAAUCACAAUAUUCGACUGCCAGCAUCCAAACUACAAUAGGAGUAUACGUUAAUUUCGAACGGUAUUCUUCUAAUUAGGUACAAACUACUGUUCCACAGGAUCAACAAAAUCAUUUAUUUGAUCUGGUCUAGCAAAAUGUUUACAGAUUUACUAGUGAUACGUCCUUUUUUAGAGUUACCCUAAGUACAACCUAUUCUUUUGCAAUUAUGAUAACGUUGGGGAAUGUACUAUUGAUUAGUAUUAUUAGUCUCACUUCGAUAAUAAUCAUGGAUGCAUAAACGCAGUGAGAACGUAAACAGUGGUAGUAACAAAAUGUCAUGACAUGGCUUAGUGCGAGAAGUCUGUUCCCCCUCUCAUAUGGCCACGCGUGUACAGCCACUGUCAGGGAAGUCCUACUCACUACCUCGUGGCGGUGGUGUUCCUACGAAAUUAAGAGGUCGAAAAGUAAAUGCCCAGCACUUUAACCGGGUUGGUGGGCACGGUGCAUCCAAAUAAGGUAGCUAGAAAACCUUGAUUUCAAACCGAUGGUGCACAUAGGCUACAGGAUCCUGAGGGGGCAAAUAACGCAUGAACCUGAUGUUGGAACCGUAUAUACUAACGUUACUCCACUGCAAUGUGAAUUAGAUCUCUAGGUCAAUGGUUCGAGGAGUGGCUCCCUAAGAAAACAACCCGUUUCAUUUUGGACACCCGGACAGUAUCUCGGCCUGCACACAAACUAAAUAAUAACUAAAAUUAGAAGAUCUAUUCACGCUUUAACUACCUGUUAAUACUCGUUUUUAUUUUUACAUUAGGUCACUUAUCUAUUCCUUUAUUCCCAUUCUAUGUAUUCCUUUAUUUUCCAAGUUCUACAACAGUUCAUCUUUGGUGGGAACCCUCUCCAAUCUAAACGAUCUUAAGUCACUGACUAAUCGAGAUUUGAACGCUACCACCAAAUACGAAUUCUGAGCUAGCCUUUGUAAAACCACGUAUUCCAUUCAAACUGAUCUACUUCGACGCUCGUAUACUAAUUCAGAUCACUUAACAGAUAGGUCCCCAAAUGCCUUGGCAUGACCGAGAGUGGGGUGGCCCCCCCUCCCUCUCGAAAUACUCUCACACGGCUACGCGUAUACAGCCUCUGCCAGGGAAGUCCUACUCACUGUCUUCUCGUGGCGGGGGUGUUGUUUACAAAAAUGAGAGGAUGAAAAGCGAAUGUCCGGUCAUUGCUGUCUACGAAGGAUUUCUGACGUUCGGUCGCAACACCAUAUUGCAGAGGUUCAGCAUCAUGUGUUCGGGUACAGCUACGAUAAUUCAAUUGAUUUCACGACCUUGAAACGCCGACUCAGGUGGUUGGCACAUGUCUUACGAAUGUCGUCUCAGCAGAUUCCACAUCGCGCAUUAUUUGCCGAUUCUAAAACCGGUUGGAAUAAACGUAAAGGUGAUCAGUGCAUGACAUUAUUACUACUACUAUUAUCAUUACUGUCAUUGUUAUUAUUUCACUGUCAUACACUAAUCUUUAUUGAUUGUUCUUUUUUCUUAUAAUCAAUUUCCCUUUUCUAUCUCUUCACAACCUAAUUUUUGUGUGACGCAUUUAUAUUUUCGUGCUCUUUUAUACCAAUGUUUGUGUCCAAGUAAAUAAAGUAAUAGGAUUUCAUUCAACCAGCUAGAAAUACAGACAACUAAGCAGAUAGCGACGUGAAUUACAUAGUCAGUACGACCCAUAGAAUUAGUAGAAUCGAUCACAUUUAUAUAAAAUGUUACUUAUAUUUAAGAGUUCAGUAUUAUUUUAAUAUCCUCUAAAGUAAUCAACAAAACCAGAAAGGUUCAAUUGUCUCAUGGUUAUCUAGUUCAAUUACAGUUCAGUCGAAUUGACUGGCUUACCUUGUGAAUUGAGCACAAGUCUGUGUUCCCUUCGGAUUUACUUAUGAACUCACUAAUAAGCAGAAAAAAUGGGGUCUAUUUGACUGUUUAAAUGCUCACUUCCCUAACCUCAUAAGAAGCAAUUAUUAUGACUUUAUCACUUUCAUUAUGUAUCCCAUAAAUUUUUUUUCUGAGGAAGUGCUCUUAUUCUAGCACUUUUAAGGACUCAGUUUCUGAUAUUGAGCUAAAACAACUAACAAACCUAGCUGAAUAUUUGGCUCAGUUGUUUGAAUUAUUGAUCAUAAACUUUCUCCCACUUCGAUCACUACUUGUGUUAAACCGUUGGGAAUCAAACAUACAUAGUUUAAGGGGUAACACAACCAUGUAUGUUCGUACUAAAUCGUAUGUGUAUUCAUAGUUGUUGACAUCGUAUGAUUGUUUUUCAGGUAGAAUGUAAAUAUAUCUUCGCACUCGAAAGUUUAUAUCUUAAAACAAUGCUCCGUAAAUGUUUCUUUUCGAGACAACGUUGAUCUGUACAAUAAAAGGUGAUUUGUAUCAUGUUAACUUGUCAAACCGACCCCAAUGUUCAAUGAGAUAUUGGUAUUUGGGAACUCAAUUGACUAUUCAACGAGUCACUAAUAUCAGUUUUCGUAAUUCAUUUUGUGUAUUAGCUUUAACUAUAAUUGGUCCUUGAAUAGUAAAAUACCAUUUUGUCUUUUUGUACUAUAAUCCGUUUCAAUUAAACAUUAAUGUUGCAUUUAGAUAUAUUUAUGUGGAAUCGAUUUAAAGUCUUCCAAUUUUUAAAGGUAAUAUGGCUGCAUUUGACCUGACCAAUCCAAAAUCAGUAGUCUCACCUGGUGGUGUUGGGUUCGAUAUCAAUUGCGGAGUCCGACUUAUACGCACAAAUCUGAAUUUAAAAGAUGUUCUUCCAGUGAAAGAAAAGCUAACUCAGACUUUGUUUGACCAUAUUCCUGUUGGUGUUGGUUCCAAAGGUAUCAUACCGAUGGAUGCUCAAGCUCUGGAAGAAGCUUUAGAAAUGGGUAUGGACUGGUCUCUGAGACAAGGGUAUGUCUGGGCGGAAGAUAAGGAGCAUUGUGAAGAGUAUGGUCGUAUGCUUCAGGCUGAUCCGUCUAAAGUUUCUUCACGAGCAAAAAAACGUGGACUUCCGCAACUUGGGACUCUUGGAGCUGGUAAUCAUUACGCUGAGAUACAAGUUGUGGAAGAAAUUCUUGACAAACAUGCAGCAACUAAAAUGGGCAUCAAUCAUUUAAAUCAGAUAGUACUAAUGAUUCAUUGUGGGAGUCGAGGAAUGGGUCAUCAAGUUGCAACAGAUGCUUUGGUCUCCAUGGAAAAAGCAAUGAAACGUGAUAAAAUCGAAGUAAAUGACCGGCAGUUGGCCUGUGCACACAUUAAUUCUGAAGAAGGUCAAGAUUAUUUGAAAGCAAUGUCAGCGGCUGCCAACUAUGCCUGGGUUAAUCGAUCUUCUAUGACAUUUCUUGCAAGACAGGCUUUUGCGAAAAUUUUCCAUUCUACACCGGACGAUUUAGAUAUGCAGAUUAUAUACGAUGUAUCACAUAAUAUCGCUAAGGUGGAAGAACAUUGGGUAGAUGGCAAAAUAAAAACUUUACUAGUUCAUCGCAAGGGAUCUACUCGAGCAUUUCCACCUCAUCAUCCCUUAAUUCCUGUUGAUUAUCAGCUUACCGGACAGCCUGUACUUAUUGGUGGUACUAUGGGUACUUGUAGUUAUGUUUUAACUGGUACUGAAAAAGCAAUGACUGAAACUUUUGGUUCAACAUGUCAUGGUGCUGGUCGUGCAUUAUCUCGAGCCAAAUCAAGACGUAAUCUCGACUAUACUGAUGUUUUAGCACAGUUACAGGAAAAAGGUAUAUCAAUACGAGUUGCUUCACCUAAACUUGUAAUGGAAGAAGCUCCAGAAUCAUAUAAAAAUGUAACAGAUGUCGUAGAUACCUGUCAAGCAGCUGGAAUAAGUAACAAGGUGCUCAAACUACGUCCAAUUGGAGUAAUCAAAGGUUAAUCUGUUUUUUUGCUCCGGUCGAUACUUUCUUCCCCUUCCAACUAAAUCCAUGCAUUCAAUACCUCUGUACACAAAAUAAAAUUGUUCUGUAUACUAUUGUUACUUUUUUGAAAGGAAAAAAUGUGAUAUUUUUAAUUGUGUGAUAUUCACUGCCAAAUAAAAUUAUUAUUACUAUUAUUAAUGUAUGUCUUAUGCUUUCCGUUCGAGUAUAUUUAGUUAGUGAUUGUUAUUCUCAUGUAUUUUUGUAGUGCUGUUUUUGCUGUAUACUUGAAAAUUUUACAUUAGAUUUCAACGAAGUUUAUUCAACUUAUUUUCCUUUCUACUGUCAUAAUGACCUUUUUUGCGUAAAUAUUUAUGCUAUUCAGUGAUUAUGUUCAGAUUAAUUCACUGAAUUGUAAACUAUAUUUAGUUGAAGAGACUGACAAAGAUUCUAUUUUGAUGUGUUAGCUGGUUGGAAAUGAUUUAAUUUAGUCGAAAAUAUUUUUCUCUUAAUAGUUUUGUGAAUUUUAGUCCGUUGUGAAGUAGAAAUAAAAGGAAAAGAAUCUUUUCCUAUAUUAUGUAUAUAUUUGUGCCAGCUGAUACUAAGUUUUUCCCAUUGUUAUGUAAGACUAUCUAGUAAAUUUUUUCAUCGUUGACAAAACUAAAUGCAUGUAAUAGAUUAUAUUAAUCCGAAUUAUAUUUUGUUCUUGGGUAAGCUCUCGUAUGAUAUGUUAAAGCAUGACCAUCGUUUACCGAGCAAUAGUAUUUACGGUACUGAUCAAUUUGUUUUUUAAGAAGUAAAAACUGUAGCAUUAUCACUAGACAAUCAUAUCACUGUGAGAUACGUGUGGACGUCGUUGAAAAAUUACAGAAAUUAAUAAUUGUUCAAGCCAAAUCAUUGUGUAGAUGAAAUGGAUGAAGAACAAUUUUCGACUCAGCUUCAUUUAUAACUCCUGACUUCAGUUCUAUGCUCAGAUUCUUUAUGUCCUUUAAAUAUGUUUUGUCCACCUAAGCUUUUCAAGAUGGUAGUAAUAAAAAAACGCCAUUCAUUGAAAUGGAACAAGGAGUGAGUGGUAGUUUUCUUCGCUUUCUGUUUGCUUUCGAUUUAUAUUGUCUUUUGAAAAUUCCUUUUAUGAGUUGUAGUGAAUUACGAGUUUGGAUGUUGUUGGAUCAUCGUAGUAUUGUAUUUCCGGAUUUUGCGUCGGUUUGGGCAACCGGACAGUAUCCCAUCCCUUAUACAAAUCGAACGAUUUAUGUGGUGCAUAUCUAUUUAGUGCCUCAUUGUACCAGUGUUUAUGUGUUUAAAUAAAUAAAAUAAUAAAUUUUGCAGCCACCGCAAUAAAUUCACAUAAUCUUUCGUAUUUAUUCAACAUUUUAGUACGUCAAUUAAAUGAAGAUAAAGAUAAGACACUGGACGUUAUAGAAAUGUGAAAUUUGAGGAUCUUUUACCUUCGGGUAAUAAUACUAUUACUAGCUACGAUUUUUUUUGUCUAUUGGUUUGUCUAAUUAUAAGUAGUGACAGUGCAUAUUAAACAAUAACCAUUACUGACUAGAUAAAUAUUUAAGUCAUCACCACUAUUAGGUAAUGAUUGCUUGAUUACCUAAGAUACUCAUCUCGCUAAGUAGUAGGAUAAAAGUUAUCAGUAGAGUCACAUCGUGAAGGUUGUAAUAUCAAAUAUCAUUGAUCUAGAGUGGUAACUUUCCAGUUAAUUUCCCUAUUGUUCAAGAACUUACGGCUGAAGUAUAUUUACAGUAAUCUAGGCUUCUCUUGUCAUCUAGUUCUACACAGCUCAUAGGAUUCUCAAGUACAUAUACCAUAGCAGUUAUGAUCACUGGGAAUAAUCCCAACUAUGAUUUAGUCUAUGUAAAGCUUUUUUGAAGUGCGUGUACUUUAACUCCACUCAAUAACUGUUGGUAGUGUUAUCUAAGUCUACGUCGCACUGAUGUAUUAUGGCACCUUGAUCUAAUCCACAUCCGUUCUAGGCUCUGCUCCGAUUAUGAGUGACUGCUCAGAUCCUAAAAUAAACUAUCAGUUGAUACUCCUAUAUUUCAUUGUCUAUGUUAGUUAUGUCCAGCAUAUCCAGGUUCACUUAGGUAAGCCAUACGGAUCUCUUGGAUCACUACAGGUUUGCUAAUAACUACAACUAACCUAAAUCUUUUGAUUAACGUAUUGAGAUUGAAUUUAACUUUUCAACUUAUCCUGUAUUAAAUUAUACCUAAGGAUUUACGUGUAUAGAAGCCGUUUUCUGUCUAAUAAAUUAAAUUGGCUGCUUUAGUAAUCUCAAUAACUGCGCUAGCUCUCAUGAUAUGACUGGAAAUUUGAUUUGGAAUUUGUAGACUGUGGUCACCAGACAUCCUAAAGCUUAUCUAAACUUAUCUUACUACUACAUAAGUAUUCUGUUUCCACGACAUAAUCACUCAAAAGCAAAUAAAUCAGAAAAAUACUGUAGCCAUUGAUCAUUGCUGUUUCCGAAGGAUUAUCCAUGCUCUGUCAGACCAAUCAUACAUUUCAUUGGUGAAAUUUAGUUUGCAAUUUCCAGCUAAAAUGAUUCUGUUUUAUUGGUAAACUUGAAGAGUGUCGAAUUCAAAACUAUUGUUCAGUCUUAUAUUGCGUUCUAAUGUACAUAGCCGAAAUUUUCAAUAUUUUUCAAAUAGAAUUACACUAAAUAGUGAAGUAUUAAUAUAACAUUUACUCUUAAAUAUUAUCUACAAUACUAUACUUUACUAACUAGUGAUAAAUAUCUGAGCAGAAUCAUUAUCAAAUAAGUUUUACUACUGAAUUGGAAAUAUUUCAAUAGGCACAUAUUAAUGAGUCCAAUUAAAUUAUGUCUUCAUUUCUUAUUGUCCUCUGGAAGACUCGUAUUAUUGAUGGGAGAGAAAACAGUGUUGUGUACUACUGACAUAAAUGACUCUGAUAUAGAAUACCACCAGUCCAUAGUCGAUUAGGAUUUCCCUGAUUUUAUCCAAAAAGUGUAUCGUAAACUUCAUCCAAUGAUUUUAUGUAUCCAGCUCUUCUAAUAAUUUCAGAGUCUAUUUUGAUGGAUUGUAUUUAAGGGUCCCUGAAAGUGUAGCAUUUAUUCGUAGAGGAGUGUUUGGUUCGUGUAACUUUGGCGUACCUUAAAGACUCUAGAUUUCAUCCAAUCUUAGUCUUGUUCUUUUAGUUUUCCUGGUUUGAUAAGCUACGGUCCUAUUACUCUAUCAAUAUCUCAUUGUUCUUAUCUAAUAUAUUAUCGGCAUUCUAUUUUAUUUCCAUAUGUCCUGGUUUUCUUACUGUUAGUAGGCCCUUAUUGAUAUCCCUUUUUUAAUUUCUUUGUUUACCUGAUCAUUGAUUGAUAAAAUGAAAGUGUUUAAAAGCAAAUAUAAACUACCAUUAUUUAUUUAUUGAAGAACAUUUCGUAGUGCGGUGUCAUAUUUGUGUUUGUUUGAAAUAAUAGGAAUAAAUUUCUUAUUCAUCGGUUUGUUUCCAAAUGCUUCUUAUUAUUGGCAGUUAACUAUUUUUGCCCUCUUUUUUUAUCAAGUUUAGUUAUGAAUAUUCCAGACGCUGAUGAAGAUCUAUUGGCCAUCGAUACUGAAAAAUUAGACAGUAUACUUGAAAAUCGAGAUGAAGUUAUUAAUAAGCAAACCAUCCCAGAACUUAUUCCAGAUGAAACAUAUAAUUUUUCAAAACAAUUUUCACCGAUAAUUCGUCUUUAUUCAUCUACCAUCUAUGAUCGUAUUCAUGCCGUAUACUCAACAGACCCCUUUUUAUCUGACCAAGAAUUGAAUAAACUUGGUAGAACAACACGAAAAAUUCCUGUGUAUCUUGGUAUCUCUAUUGGAAUGAUUGCAGGUGUAAUGCAUGCGUUUGUAUCAUAUGAUGAAUUCCUACGUGCCAAUAAAUAUACUAUAUUUGUAAACAAUGAAACGGCUAGGGUCAGUUAUGGGUAGAUAAGUGUCUCUUAUAUUGAUCAUAUAACCCUAUUUUUUAUGUAACUAUUUUUUACGCCUAUUCAAUCCCUUAUGGAGAGUACCAUACCAUUUUAAAUAUGUGAUUUUUGUUUUCUUUAGGCUGCUACAUAUAUGACUGAAGGUUUAGAUAACUAUCUGGCUUAUCUGCCUACCAUUAAAACUCAAGCCAAUUGUAUUGUCUUAAAAGUUUUCUCACCAUAGUCUACUGUAUAAACUUUGUUUGCACAACUUAAGGUAAAAAUUCUUGACGUAUACUGUUAAUUUAAACAAAAAACAUUCAAAUAUAAAACUUAUUUUUCAUCAACAACUAUUUGUGUUUAGUCAAAUCAAUUGGAAUAAAAGUUUAAUCAUUUCGAUCUCUCAAAAUCAUGAAAUAUGUAUGAUUGUCUUUUUGUUUUUCUGGUAUUUAAUUUCGGUCGAUUUCAAUUAUACAUGAAAUGAAUUAGUCCUUCAAGUUUGUCUAGUAUCAAUAUUUCUUUUUUUCCUCCUCAGUAAAUUUUAAAAAAUCGGUAAUGAAGUUCUUGUCCAUGAUCAAACUUAAUUUAUUCUUACACUCUGGAUUAAUUAACCACCUUUGAUAUUUAUUUAACAAGCUGAAUAUAACUUUAUAUUAGAGUGCAAUUCUAUUUCUUACUCUAAUAUCAUUGCUAACUAUUUCUUUUUCACAGAUUGAAAUCAUGAGUCAGUUGAAGCUAGACCGCCAUUGAAAACCCGGAAGCACUGGAUGGCCGUUUCGCCCUAGUAUGGGACUCCUCAGCAGUGCGCAUCCACGAUCCCGCACCACGCGGGGCUCGAACCCAGGACCUACUGGCUUCGCGCGCGAGCACUUAACCAUUAGACCACUGAGCCGGCAUCCAACGGUGUUAAUGUCUAACUUCAACUAUUUCUUUAUCAAUAAUGAUUUACGGAGUGUUGUUACAAGGAAAAAGAGCAAAGAUUUUCCGCUAUUUUUGUAUUAAUUGUUUAUGUCUUCCCAUCGAUGUCUAGGACCGCAAUUGAUCAGACUCAUAUUGAUAUAUGUGCAUCCUGUACAGAUUGACUCGAUAUUGCCUGAAGUCACAAGCAUUAUAAGCAGAGAUGGAUGGUAUUCAGCUGUGGAAUACAGGACGCGCGUUUCGUCCCGUUUGGGGCUCGUCAGCAGGAUGUACCUUUAUCCAAGGACGAAACGCGCGUCUUGGAUCCCACUACUAGCCACCAUUAUCUCUGCUUAUAAUGAUUUCCCACUAGCUAUGCUUAUUUUCAUUCAGGUGUGGAUAAACCCAUACUGUUACCAAUCUUUGGUCGAUGUCUUAACAAAUACUUUAAAAUGAUAGCAAAUUUUUUACUUAUCACUUCUGAAUACUGGUCAAUGAAAAUAUUCAACGUACAUACAUAUAAGUUGAUGUUCCUAGUUCCUAAAUCAGGCAUAAUUUUUCUUUAUGAUUACAAUUUAGACUGAAAAAAUCAAGUUAUUACUGUGAUGAAGUGUAAAUGAACAUUCACCGUUAUUAUAACUCUUACGAACUAAAAUUAUGCAAAUGUCAAUUAUGAGUCUUUCUGUUUAUCCUAAUCUGUUAAGGACAUCUCAGAGUCGUCGUUUUUUUAUUAAAAAAAUCAUCUAACCCAUAAUCGCUAUGGGUAUACAUCUGAAUAUUUCAAGAUAAUUUGGAGUUUUACACUAUUGUUCAAUACAAUAGCACAAUGAUUUAUAUCCAUUGAGGUUUAGUCUAAGAUUUUAUCAUUUUAUACUUUUUAACAUAAUGUUAUUGUUUCAUGUCUAUUUCUAUCAAAUUUGAUCAUUACCUUACCACACAAUUCCAAAUGUAUCGACAUAAAAUUAUAAACUGGUUAAAUAAGAUAUAUAUUGCUGUAAGACACGAUAAUAGUCAGAAGUGUGUGUAUAUUGCAAGAAGUUACAAAGUACUUAAAUAAUACAUAUACAUAGCUCUCAAUUGUCUAUUUGCAACUUUCCGUGUUUUAUUCUAUGUAAACUGUUUAGUCGUCUGGUCUCCAAGUGUUCUGCCAACACCGUGUUUUCGAUCCACUGGAAGUUUUUACAGUCGCUGCAACUUCGACGCCACGUUCAACUACACACUACUUACAAACAUCCUUGUUGGUAGCGUCCACUACAAUGCCAUUAAAUUUUCCAUUGUAUAUUUUAAAGGAAGACUAUAAUAUAUGGAUGCUAAUACUCAAAUUAUCUAAAUUAUAAUUUCAUAUGCAAUAGUUUAACUAACUGAAAAAUAAACAGAAUAAAAAACUCUUUUGACAAGCUUUUGUUCAUUUUUUCAAUUAUUUCUGUUUUAGCGUCAUUCCUUAGAUCAUUGUAUACUUAAAGGUGCCGUAUUUGGAAUUUCCACUGGUUGCAAAGUAACGAUACUUACUGGUGGAUUCUAGUAUGUUCACAAUUAAUUCUUUUUACAUGUGAUUCGGUAUAUUUCAACAUUUAUUCGAUAUUUUUAACUGAAGAAAAUACCUCUUUUUGAAUAUGGAGAUUGCUUGUUGUAUUUUAAAUCAGCAGGAUUGUAUUUGGUCAGUUUAACUACCAUAAUACAUUUUAAGAAAUCUUUUUACCCAUAAGAACUUAAAGAUAUUGUAGUGGAUUAUUAAAGGGAAAUUGCGGAAAUAGUAAAAUCUAUGGUAGGAUAAAAUUUAUUUUCGUUCAAUUGUUUUGUUGGAUUACAUUUAUUUGUUUCAACUCACCAUUGUUUCCACACUGUUAAUCUCCGUCGUGACUUUUGUCUAUCAGUCAAAGGUCAAGUUUAUAGUUCAUCUAUGAGAGUCAUUUUCGGUGUUUAUUUAUUCCCUACUUUUAACCAUCGUUAUUCAGGAACGAGGUCCUGAGGUCUGGGAAUGUUUGUUUACAUUUAACAGGGUUAGUAAUUAUCUGGUUGUUAAUAUAUUGGAACGCUGUCUUCAGUGAUUCCAACAUGUUUCACAAAUGUCUCAGCAACUUCCACAUACGGCGCCAAAAUAUGUAUAACUUCUAACAUUGAAAUACUACUCUAGACUGCUUUAAUUACUAAGCUAUUAGAUUAAGCAUCCCAAUAUUUAUGUGUCGUAAUGCGAGUACUCAAUAUGGAAGUUAUAAGUAUAUAAAUUUUGUUGAGGAUGUUAAAUCUUCAAAUAUUAUAUUUCUGAAGAGAUCCUUAUCAAAGUUCAUGUAUGAUUUUUAAAUGAAUUUCGGUCACUGGGUUUAGAUAUGUUUGCACCUUUAUCGAUUUACUUAGUACGAGGUUAAUUAAUCCAUUUUAAGGUAUUUUUGUAAUAUUCCUAAAUUCACUGCCCUGGUACGGCCGAGGGUGGAGAGAGAUAGCUCUCACAUGGCCACGUGUAUAGAGCUACUGCCAGGGAAAUCCUACUCAUUGCCUUCUCGCGGCGGGGGUGUUGUUUACGGAAUUGAGAGGACGAAAAGUGAAUGUUCGCGCUUUAGCCGGGUUGAUGGAAAUGGAGGAUUCACCUAUGGGAGUUGGAAAACCCUGAUUCCAAACCAAUGGUGUACAUGGGCUCCAAGAUCUUGAGGGAACAAAUGGAGUAUGAACCAAUUAUUCCUCACCGACUAUCAUAGGACUGCAUAUCUUGACGUUUGCUAUUACCUUAUGGAUUAGAACUGCAGGUCAAAGGCUCGGAGUGUGGUCUCUUAUGAAAACCACCUGCUUCGGUGUGGGCAUCCGGGCAGUAUCUCAGCCCUCGUACAAAUCAAUGAUAACUGCUACUGUCAUUGUUAUUGUGUGAUGCAUAUGUAUUUGGUGCCCCCUUUUAUUAAUGUUUACGUGUUCAAAUAAAUAUUAAUGACUUUAUGUACUUGAAAGUAAUCUAAUUUUUAUAGGAUCUUCACCAGUACAUCUUUGCAUGACUUCCCUCUCAUCUGAGGAUAAUUGUUAAAAUGUUGUAUAUUAGUCAUCCGGUCGAUCCAGUUCGCUCUCACAUCAUAUUAGAAGAAUCUCCCAGGUGCCAGUGAUUCAGAAUUACCGUAUUUGAUUUCAAUUUCACAACACCCUUGUAAAUUAUUUUAUUGUGAAGAUUAAAACAGAAUACGGCUAACAUAUUAAUCAGUUUUAUUGUAGUAUAUAAUUAUACAUUAUGAACUUACUACUUUAACCUUUUUAGUAGUCAGAGUGAUUAACAGUAGAAAUCUAGCACAACAGACCAUAACGAAUCGUGUGAUUCAUAUGCAUAUUAUUCAUCAAAGAUUAGUUUCAUUAUUCAUGAAAGUGAAAUUUUUUGUUUAAAACACUCAUAUAGACAGUCUUUAAUAUGUCGUUUUGUCAGACUGAUAUUUUCUUUUAUUCAUCAAAGCACUCUACCGUUACUGUUCUCCGCAAUUCAGGGGAAAACAAGUUACUGGGAACACGCUGUAGGCUGGGGAAUUACAGGUUCAUUGUAUUGCUUUAAUCGUGGAUUUAAACGAAUGCUUAUAGCAGGAAUGAUUGCUUCUGUACCUGGUCUGCUUACUGGUGUUUUAUCCAUGUUAGCAUGUCGUGCAUCAAAUUCAACAUUUGAAGAAUUAUACGCAAAAUAUUUAAAUGAAACUCAGAAAAUCUAGUUGUUAGCAUUUCAUGUUUGUUUCUUUUUACAUAAAAUUAUUCUCUAAUGUAUUUUAUAGUUUGAACUAAUUAUUUUCUAAUCACUUGAACAUUUCACUUGUAUCUAUCCUAUUAAAUCAUGUUAUUACUAUUUAGAUAGUAUUAAAUGUACUGUGGUUUGCGUGUUUCUUUUGAAAACAAUUUAUUGUGGUAAUUAUAGUAAGCACAUUUGGCGAAAUCGCUGUUUCUUUGAGGAAGUUGUUUUGAUCAUCAUUUUUAAAAUUAUUUGUGGCAUAAACAUUUAGUUAGUCUUAGUAGUCUAUCUCUAAGGUCUUCAGUUUUCAGCAUCACUCGUAUUGACUGUUAUAUAUCCCAUUAUUUCUCAACAUACAGUUUUGUGAAUUACAGUAUCUUCUUAGCCUUAGUUCUCUUUUAAAAUCGCUUUCGACAUAUGGUGUGAUUAGAUAUGCAUGAAACAUAUGUCAUCUAUGUGAUGAAGCCCAACCUUUUUUCAGCUAUACUCUUUAUUAUCAUCUAGUUCUCUGCUGCUGUUUCGUGCGAAAUUACAUAGUGGCUUGGUAAAAUAUGAAAACCGUACAUUAAAUACAUUAUUUGCAAAUCCUCCUUCAUUUGUUCUUUACAUACUUUAUGAUCCUUUCAACCCUAUUGUUAUUGCGACUUCUCCCUAUUUCUCUCUCUGUCCUCUUCAAUCCAAUGUUAUUUUGGAAGACAUUCCACUUCAGACUGCUGCCACAUACUACUUAUAUCUGUCAGCAUAAGUAGCAUAACCACUAUACUUGUUAAGACGCUCGGUAAUUAGAUUUUCAAUGGGUGGUUAUAAAUAAUACAGUGAAUGCGCUUCUAUACGCUGCUGAUAGAUAUAGUUGACCUCAAAAAUUUAAAAUAUGAACAUUUCUGACAAUAAUUUCGAGUCUGGUAAAAUAGUGUCCCUAGAGUUAAAACAGAUGGCAGUGAAAUCUGUGAUACUGAAUGUUUUUAUUUGUCCGCAGGUAUAGUACUAUAAUGGAAGUCGAGAGGAAUACGAAAGAAUUUUUCAAACUUUUAAUCAGCCGAUAUUACGGCUUUACUCACACCACUAAAAGUACGAUAGUUUAAAAACCAUCCCUGUCAAGUAAGUAGAUAAUGUCGAAAUUACAACGAAUAACAUGAGUUUGAAAGUAACAUACCUUUAUAUCAAGCCUAAAUACGAAAAAAUUACUGACAAUGAGCUCGACACCAUAUUCCAGAAUUCAAACAGUCCAUUCAGGAAAGUAAAUAUCGCGUACGAUAACAGCAAAUGUAAAAUUAGGUGAGGAAUGCUGUCCUUAGUAGAAUAAAAAUUAGAUUUAGAUCAUGAACAAGUAAAUAGGUGUUUCGUUUCACGAAGUGGGUUUUUUUGUUGGUGAGAAAUUGUGUCUAGAUCAGUUUAAUUUGUAGUUGAUAUUGGUCACGAACUGAGAUAAGUUGGGGUUCCAUUGCAACCAAAGGUAUAAUGGUAAGAUGUUUUGUUCUGUUAUGCAAUUUUCCACAAGUGGACAUUCACAAACUUCUAACCAAGAAUGAGAAAUCUAAUUAGCUUGUAGAUUUCGGGAUUUGGAGACUACUUUGAACUGUAACUAGAUUCGAACAAGUAACCUACGUAUUAUUGGCUCAAUCUUGAAUAAGUUAUGUGACUUUGUAGCAGUGGUUAUACAUAUAAAUGUUCUUUUAUGACGUAAAGCCUUGAUAACUUGUAACGAUUGCCAUAACAGUUGGUUUGUUACUCGUUCCAUUUAAUUCAACGAUUUAGAAUUCAGUUGAAAGAUAUAGCUAGGUAAUGAGUUACAUGAUAACGGGAAUGUUACAUAUUAAUUUAAAAAAAAACCUAAUACACUAACCAGAAUCAAACUAAAGUUUGGUCACUUUGUGUUACGUACGUUAGUUCUUCGACUGCUAGUUUGACAAUGGUUGUGUUCCAGAGAAGAUUCGAUUUUCUUUAAAAGGAAAUAUUUCUGGUUGUGAAAUACACUGACUCUAAAUAUUUUUUAAUUCAAAACUAUACCACCUAACAAUAGUAAGUAUUCUAAAUAUGUACAUUCAUUUUUAUGGCAACGAUAUCAUGGAAACUUGCAAUCACUUGUGUAUGAUAUUGGUCACAAAUUGACAUUAACUAGGGUGCGUUUGUGAAACACAAAACACCUGGUAUUUUCAGCUGUUUGCAUCCAUAACCUUGCUACUGAUUAAAUUUAUGACUAUUAGGUCUCAUCACCAAACAGAAAGUGAUGCAGUGAUUCAUAUUGAAAUUGAUCAAUUGGACUAUCGCAGAUUUUAAAAAAUUAACAGAAACCCAUUUUUAACGUAGGUAAAGUAAUGAUAAAUUAAAAUAUUGGGUGUUCAUACUGCCAGUAAUUGCUAACUACUUCCGUGUAAAUCCACUAUCUAUUAUUUUGAUAAGACUCAAAGAAGCUGCCUUCUUUAGUGAUUGUUUACUUCAAACAACCUACUAGCAUAAUCACCAUCAAUCAAAUUAACGCGAUCACAAUAUUAAGGACAUUUAGUCGCAAAUCCCUUUGAACCAACUUGAAAAUUCGAAUUCAAACCCUUCACAUUAACCUUGAAAUGUAGAUUUGUGAAUCCAUACGUAUGUAGCAUUUGUUAUGAAAUGAAGCUCUUAAAUGAUGAAUUCAGAGAAAAAGAUAAAACCAGAAUAAACGGACGAGAUUGAUCAUUAUUUCUUUUUGAAUAAUUUAAAUACCAGUUUUAUAAAUAGUAUUUUAUUUCUUCAUAAUGGUAACAAUAUAAUUUCUAAAGUUUCGUCAAAAUCCUUUGAGAUAUAUCAACUUGAUUUCCGAGAAUAUAAUAAAAUAACAUUGUUAUGUUCCAUGGUGAUCAUCCGCCUAACUUAAGCAUGAUUUAGUUACCAGCAAAUUGUGUGUCAUUCGCCGAAAUUCAAGUUUACAAAUAAAUAAUAUCAGAAUGGGUUUUGUGG